AUGCCCUCCGCUUCAAUGUCGACCCAGAUGCCCCGCCAGCCCGCGCCCGUCGCGAACCCGGCCCGCAAACUGAGCGCCGCUCAGCCGCGCCCAUUUCAACCCAUGACUAUGGAGACCCAGCCCACCGUUGGCCUUCGUGGUGGCAAGGACGGCGGUGCCAUUUGCUGUGGUGUCUGCGCUGGACUUUGCUGCUUUGAGUGCUUGGAUUGCUGCUGCUAA